CUUGUAUCCAGGCAGAUCGCGGCUGGCACAACCAUUCAGAAAAAGGAAAAUAAAAGCAACGCACGAGCCCGCCGGCCGGGCACCGUGGGGCUGGGCUGAAGCGGAGGUAGCCAAGGGGCUAGUUUCUCUUUCUCUCUUACCUUUCUAAUGUCCGUGCUGGAAGGUGACGAUUCCGAGUUUUCCAGAUUUGAGAGACUUCAAAAGCUGGGACAUCUAGAAUGGAGAUGUCAGAGAUCUCUUUGGGUCUAGAAGGGCCUGACAAAGUAACGGAAUAAUUCUAAUUUUAGAGAAGCUUCAGCCCUCAUGCUGGGAUGGCAGAAGAUAACCCUGAUGCUAAGAGCCCCAAGGCUGGGGCAAGGCCCCAAGGUGGUGCUGAGGCUGGGGAGCCCACCACCCUUCUUCAGAGGCUCCGAGGUACCAUUUCCAAGGCCGUGCAGAACAAAGUAGAGGGAAUUCUGCAAGAAGUACAGAAGUUCUCGGACAAUGACAAGCUGUAUCUCUACCUCCAGCUCCCUUCAGGGCCCAGCAUUGGAGACAAAAGCUCAGAGCCAAGUAUACUCAGCAAUGAGGAGUAUAUGUAUGCCUAUAGGUGGAUCCGAAACCACCUGGAAGAGCACAUGGAUACCUGUCUACCAAAACAGAGCGUCUAUGAUGCCUAUCGAAAGUACUGCGAGAGUCUUGCCUGUUGCCGCCCACUCAGCACAGCCAACUUUGGUAAAAUCAUCAGAGAGAUCUUCCCUGACAUCAAGGCCCGAAGACUGGGUGGUCGGGGCCAAUCCAAAUACUGCUACAGUGGCAUCCGAAGGAAGACCUUGGUAUCUAUGCCACCAUUGCCUGGACUUGACCUGAAGGGAUCUGAGAGUCCAGAGAUGGGCCCGGAAGUAAGCCCAGCACCUCGGGAUGAACUAGUGGAGGCAGCCUGUGCCCUGACUUGUGACUGGGCAGAGCGGAUCCUGAAGCGGUCCUUCAGCUCCAUUGUGCAGGUGGCCCGCUACCUGCUGCAGCAGCAUCUCAUCUCUGCCCGCUCUGCACAUGCUCAUGUGCUUAAGGCUGGGGGCCUUGCUGAGGAAGAUGAAAGAAGCCCUCGAGAACGGCCAUCGUGUAAAUCCAAGAAUGGUGUAGAGAACCUGGAAGGUGGCGGCCCUAAGAAGCCUGAGAGACCUGUCCAGCCUCCUAAGGAGCUGGAAGCCCGAGCUGGAACUGACCUUGCAGGACAUGGAGAACGGAAGAAGAGUAUAAUUGACAGCUCAGGUCCAGCAGCCAGUAAGCCACAAGUUAAUGCCCUUGUGGCCCGGCUGCCUGUGCUCCUUCCCCGAGCACCACGAUCACUUAUGCCACCUAUUCUGGCCCCUAAGCUUCCUUCAGGCACUCUGAAAGUAGCUACGUUGCCUCUGCCCACUAGGGUUGGGGGACCCCAGGCAGCUGUGCCCAUCAUUAACAUGAUCUUACCACCUGUUCCUACUUUAUCAGGUCCUGGGGCUGGACUCGGGCCUGGGGCUGGAGUUGGGCCUGGGCUUGGGCCAGGGCCUGGAGUUGGGCCUGGGGCUGGAGUUGGGCCUGGGGCUGGGGCUGGGCCUGGGGCUGGAGCUGGGCCUGGGGCUGGGGCUGGAGCUGGGCCUGGGCCUGGACCUGGGGCUGGGACUGGGGCUGGGCCUGGGCCUGGGCCUGGGGCUGGGGCUGGGGCUGGGCCUGGGCGAGUUCCACCUAGGGCACUCAUUCUGCCUAGAGGCACAGAGAUCAGGGAGGCAGGCAUAAGUGGUGACCCACGACCUCAUGACAAGGGUAUGAAAAGGACAGCUGAAGGGCCUCUGAGUGAGGCCAGUGGGCAGGACCCCCCAGCUAAAGAAGUGAAACAAGACACAGAGGACACUGUCAGCGAAGCCAAGAGGAAGCGGGGACGUCCUCGGAAAAAGCCAGGUGCGAGUGGGGAGCGGCACACUGCUCCCGAGAAGGCUGCAGCCGCAGCUGCUGUGAACUCUCCCCGAUGCCCCAGGGUACUCUGGGAGACUUGGGGCUCAAAGGGGGAAAACAACUUAGCUGGGAGAAGAGAAAGACUAGGGCCAAUGGGUGAAGCCGAGCAGGAACCGGUGCCUACUGAAGGUCAGAAAGAGUGUGCUGUUUCCAAAGGAGAAAGGAGCCUGAGUUCCCAGCAAGCCAAAGAAGCAGAAGAUAAAAUUCCUCUCAUCGCCUCAAAAGUGAGUGUGAUCAAGGGCAGAAUUCAAAGGGAGGCUCCACCAUUGGUAAGGGGAGAGGUUGACGCUGCAACACAGGGUAACAAAGGGUUAAAGGGGCGUGUACUUCAAAGUUCUCUAACCUAUGAGCAUAAGGACCCCAAAGCAACGCCCCCAUGAUAGACAGACAGGUCUGUGGGAAGAAUGGCUGCUAGCUCACCUGCCUGCCUGGUAGAGGCCCCUCACUGCACCCGCUUUGCAUUCAGCCAGUCUGUCCCUAAAGGAGCCCAUUGCUUGGCUUCUAUAGUGCCUGGUGGCUGCUUCAGACGCUUCCAGUCCAACACCUUGGCUUUAAUACAACCCGUAAAUCUGUAAUGGCCUUCCCACCUAGAUCCCUGUGCUCUCCUGGGGGAAACAGAGAUAGGGUAAACGUGAAUAUAGGUUAGGGAUAUUCUGGCUUCUACUCAUAGAAAAUUUAGAACUCACACUUAACAUAAAAGCUAUUCAUUGGCUUCUGAAAUUGGGAAGUUGAGGCGGUGCUGGCUCCGGGUGAGACUUGCUCGAUUGCCCAGUGUUUGUCACUGCUUCACCGAACGUGCAGGCAUCCUUAGUUUAGACCCCUGCACAGCUGCCAGCACUCCCAGGGUUGUGUGUGACCAUUAUAUCCAAGCAGAAAGGAAUCCUAGCCAAAGCCCAAAGAGUUACUGUGAUUAACCAGCCUGGGUCACGUCUAUCCUUGACCAACUAGUGUAGCCAGGAAGAUGUUUAUAUAAUGUGUUUACUAUACACCAUGGACCAGCUUUGGAACAAAGGGCGGAAUUGGAAUUGGCCUUCUCACACCACAGACUCCACAGAUGGGAGACUUGGGGUGGAGGGUGGGGAGCAGCCAGAAGUGUGUUUUAGUUUGGUAGGCUGAGGUGAGCUAGACUGCUGCCUUAAGGCUCCCCAAGUGUGACAUUUCUCUCACUACAGCUGUAACUUAUUAUUGUUGUAGCCUGGGAAGGACAGAGAAGGAAGCCAUUCUCUUUAGAGUCUCUUUAAUCUCACACGACAACUUUCCCACCUCUGCCUCAUACACAGCUCCUUUAAAGGUCUGAAUUUUACUUUCUCAAUCCUGCCACAAAUCUAGUACCACUUUCUUGGAGUAUAUGAGAUACCCCGGUAGUCAUUCAUUAUAUUCAUUCUGCAUCCACCAGGUGUCAGUCUCUUGUCAUGCAUGUGUCAGGUCCUAGCCAGGACUGUGGGGGUUGGGCUAGAUUAACAGAGGAGGUGGUACCGAUUCUGCAAGUCAGGGAGCACCAGCAGGAAGGAUCCAGACACUCAAGAUGUAUCCUUGGGGACAGCAGGAAACAAACCCAUAUUAACUGAGGACCUCCUACUUUGUCCUCUCCACAGGAUAGCUUCUUGUCAGGGAAUCUUGGUUUUUUUCCCCCAAGAAAUACAGAUUUUUUUUUCAGGGAGAUAUCACCCAUUUCUCCAUUUAUUUCCAUGAGAGCAGAUUUUUUUUAAAUUAUAGUAUUUGAUAUCUAUAAAAAUAUGUACUAUAAAUUAUGAAAUGGAAUGAGUACCUAUGACCCAUCAUUCAAUUUAUACAUUAAAAAUACUAUUAGGUUUAUGCCUCCCUUCCCUGCCUCUGCUUAGAGGUAACCACUGUCUUUAAUUUUAUGCUCAUUAAUCGUUUGUUUAUGUAUACUGGCCAUGUGUGUAUAUAUUCUUUAAGAAUGUAUUAUUUCUUUUGCUUGUGUUUUAGCUUUACAAAACUGUGCUGUUAGCCCUUGAGGUUUGCUCUUUUGCACUUACCAUUGUUUCUAAGAUUCACCUAUGUUGUAAUAGCUAUGGUUCAUUCAUUUUCAUCUGUAUAAUACUGCGGCAAGCACAUAGAACACAAGUUAUCUAGCCAUUCACCUAUUGAAUAACAUUGGGCUGUUUCCAGUUUUUGUUAUUAUACACAAUGCUGCUAUGAACAUUCUUGUAUAUGAGUGCCUUUGUUUUCAGUAAGAUUUCUAAAGAGGUUUCUAAGAUGGUCCUAGACAGUCCUUUUGGUCUGUGUACCCUCCGAGUAGGGGACUGUUGCCUCUUGUCUUACUUUAUGGAAGAGUUUACAUCGUAUUGAAAUGAACUGUUCUUGAAUGUUUGAUAAAACUCACCUAUAAAGCCA